AUGGCCGGUGGCCGCAAGGGAAAGCCUGUGGCGCCGCCACCGCCUGCUCGCACACUUGUCGUCGACAACGGCGCCUACACUAUCAAGGCCGGCUUUGCCGAGGGCGCAUCGUCGGACGCCAAGGCGACGCCCUACGUGAUCCCCAACUGCAUUUCUCGUGACCGACGACGGCGCACCUACAUCGGCUCCGAGCUCACAACCAGCUGCCGCGACUUUGGCGAAGCCGCCUUCCGCCGCCCUGUCGAGAAGGGCUACAUUGUCAACUGGGAAGCACAGCGGGCGAUCUGGGCACAUGAGUUUGGCGAGGCGGCCGAAGCGGGCGGCGGGCGGCUGCAGUGUGACCCCUCGGAGACGCGGCUGCUGUUGACUGAACAACCCAACGCGCUGCCGGCCCUGCAAGCCAACUGCGACCAGAUGGUGUUUGAGGAGUUUCGAUUUGCGAGCUACUACCGGGGCCCGGCAUCACAGUUUAAUGCGUAUCUGGAUUUGAGAAGUGCCACGGCCGCCGCAUCGGUGGUGGCGGAGGCGACGACGGUCACGACGACGAGAACAGCGCCAGCAGGCGAGCCUGUGCCGACCGACAACGGUGUCACGCACACCGCCAAUGCCACACCUGACGCAAAGACUGAGGCAGAGGCAGCUGCAGACAACGCACCUCUGACGACGCCCACCCCUACGACAACCGGCACGGGCGCCGCGGAGAUUCGCCUCGUCAUCGAUGCAGGCUACUCUUUUACGACCGUGACGCCCGUGCUACACGGCCGCCCGGUCCACCGCGCCGUCCGCCGCCUCGAUGUUGGCGGCAAGCUGCUCACAAACUACCUGACCAAACUGCUAUCGGUCCGCCACUACGACAUGCGCCACGACACGUACAUUGUCAAUGAGAUGAAGGAAAAGGCCUGCUAUGUGGCGCUCGACUUUGCCACCGACCUCGAAAAGACCUGGAAGGGCUCGCGCGUGCAGCUAGGCGAGGUGGGUGUCGGCGACGCCAAGAGGCGGCGGCUCGAUGUGUUUCGGGGCGGCAGCGACGGCAUCGCCAAAGAGUAUGUGCUGCCAGACUACCACGCGCGUGCCGAGGGCAUCGUGCGGGACUACGACGCGGCGGCCGUGGCGGCGCGCCAGAAGCAGGCCAAGGACUUUGGCGCCGCCGCGUCCGCCGCCACGGAAGACGUCCUGGUCCUCCGCAACGAACGCUUCGCCGUGCCCGAGCUGCUGUUCAACCCGACCGACAUCGGCCUCCAGCAGCCCGGCCUGCCCGACCUCGUCGCCCAGUCGGUCCACGCCCUGCCCGUCGGCCUGUGGCCCGCGCUGCUCGCCAACAUUGUCGUCGUCGGUGGCUGCACCGACCUGCCCGGGUUCGUGCAGCGCCUGCAGCAGGAGAUCCAGACGCGCAUGCCGGACGAUCUGGUGGUGCGCGUGACGCGGCCCGCGGACCCAACAUUGUGUACCUGGCGCGGGGCCGCACGGUUUGCAACGCUCCCCGAGAAUGCGGCGACCGUGAACCGCGUGUGUGUUACCAAACAAGAGUACGACGAGCACGGCGCUGGGUGGGUGGCGCGCAAGUUUGCGGCCGGGCUCGGCGGGAUUGACUGA